ACCAGUUGGAGGCAAUAUAAUUCGAGCCACUCAGUUCUCACUAUUCAAUAAUUAUUCGUAAAUGGGGUAAAUCUUUCCCUUUACAAACAAGGAGUAACUUCAUUCGAUGUGGUAAAUCAGCUGUAGAUAUUUUGAUCUUAUUCAUUAUACUGUCCAUGGAUUUUCAAAAUACCUAAAACAGAACUGUUCAUUUUGAGAUUGACUCAUAGGGAUAUUCGAGGCUGAGUGAAAUCUUUAACUGGAAUGUCAAUAGCGCUUCCAUAUUUCGAAUUUAACGUCAGAAGUAAAGAGACUUGGUUAUGGAUUUUAUUAGGGAAAAACCUGACACAUUUCAACAGGUAUAGCAACAUUUCAUGUAAGUUCGUUCAGCGGGUAUGCGGUGAUGCGAUGAGCAACCAAUCAAAAUAACGGAAAAUUCAGAACAAUUACGAAUGUACUUGAAGUCAUUAUUUAUUAUGUUUGUAUGCAUUUUUUACAUUUCAUAAUUUUAAAGUACAUUGUAUCAAGUUUUAUUUUUUGAGUUAAUAUUAUAUCUAAACGUUUUUGUCUGGAUAUUUGGACCAAAGUUUCAAAGAAUGAGAUGGAUACAUUUGAACAUGAGCGAAUUAUUCGCAUAUCAAUAGUCUGACGUUUAGAGGUGAAUCAUACUUUAUUCACUAGUAAGUUAUCCACCUUCUUUGGAUUUUCAGUAAUAUAAUUUUGUUGUCGUUUAAGGAAAUUCCGAAUAUAUUAGUAGCCUUCUUUCACUUAAGGGGUGUGUGUUUGUAAAAUAUUUCGAUAUAUUAUAUGUAUAUAUAUAUGAAAUAAACAACUAGUUUUAAACUUUAUAGAGACUUGGUUGAAUAGAAGAUGUUCACAUGAAAGCAUCACUGAACCAAUAAUAAAAUAAAAAAUAUAACGCUGUGAUUUCAUGCUUAAAAUAGUAUAAAUAGUGACAAACACAUUGACAACUGAGUGAACUGUCCGAAUUCGACAUUGUAUGAGUGCGAAUGAUCAGCCAUUUCAAAACAAAGCCUCAGAAAUAUCGUUUCUCAUGAAACUUAUAAUGAAUUUCUUGUUUUUUAGAUCAGAGAAAUAUUUUGCGAUGAAAUUGUGUGAUUACAUGCACAUUGUUCAACUAGAUGAAAAACAAUCAGUUAGCCUGAAGCGUGAGAUAACGUGAUGGCCAGAAAUGUAUUCUGUUACAUAAUUAGUUCCACGAAUAAUCCUUCUACACUGUGUGAUAGACCAUAGAAAUAAUUGAUGUGCAGUGAUAAAACUACGGAAAGAUAUACAUGCUGAUAAAUUACACCAUUGAAAUUCACUCCUCAGUUUCAAAUUUGAUUUCAGAGCACUUCUUUUCGUCAUCGUUUUAAUACUGUCCCUCAAAUACUGCAUAAACUGGAGAAUUGAACGAAUAUUCCUUGCAAUAUUGCUUUUACUAUGGUCGUCAGAAGUCUGCUUGGUAGACUGCAAAGUCAUUUGUUUAAAAUGUUCAUAUCUAUUCAUGUUCACUAUACUGGAAGGUUUACUGAUGAUUAUUAUAUUCUUCAUGAGAAGAAGAUUGAAAAUAAUUGUGGCUAUCGUACUGGCGGUUUUAUCGAUGAUUUGUGCGGUAUUUUUGGUGGUUUUGACGUUCAUACCUUGGUAUGAGGACCUGUGCAAAAUGAUGGCUGGCGGCUUUCUCAAUACUUCCAUGUGUUUGCUUGAUUCCCCACCGUAUUUUUGGUACAAGUAUGGAAUUUUCAGCGUGGAUAUCGGUAGCCCAAAAUUCGCAGGCCAACCAUAGAUAUCACGUGUGCGUCGGCGUGGGCUCGAACCUCGGACCAUAUGCAUGGUCGGCGAGAGUCCUAAUCACUGUGCCACCAUGUGGAAGAUGAUAGUGGUUGCUGCAAACCAGCUCAAAUCAGUUUGAGAAAAUACAUCCACGUGAAAAAGUGUAU